ACUCACGUUUCAAAAUUUCAAAUUUUGAAACUGUAUAGAUAAUCGUCAUUAAUUUAAUCAAUAAAUAAAUAUAAAGUAACCUUUGUUGUUUUUUGUUUUGUUUCUCAGGUUUCUGAAUUGUGAUGGCUUCGAUUGAAACCGUCAAGUGUUACUGUUGCGGCUUAACGGAGGAGUGUACAAAGCCGUACAUUGAUCGUGUUCGUGAGUGUUACCAUGGCCGUUGGAUUUGCGGUUUAUGCGUCGAGGCUGUGAAAGAAGAAACGAUGAAAUCGCAGAAAGAUAUUAGCACUGAUGAAGCGGUUAAGCGGCACAUGAAUUUCAGAGCUUUAACUUCGAGUCCUCCUGAAAAAUCGGAUAUCGAUUUGAUUCUUGCUGUGAAACAUCUUUUCUUUAGGUCUUUGGAUUCGCCGAGGAAAGAAGGUUUGAGUUUUGGUAGAUCCCAGAGGUGUUUUUCUACAGUGAAUGGAGGAACAACACAGGGAGUGAAAGAGGGAGAAACAAGUUAGGGUUAAUAAGGUUCCGUUGUUGUAAUCAUGGUGUGUGUUUUUUCUAGUGUUGUUUGUGAGAAUUUAGGUUUAGGUUAAUUGGGUUGUUUUUCUAUUUGUUUGUUUAUUGACUUCAAUCUAACAGAUGUUACUUCAUUUUGUUUCGUUA